CUGACCCGCGAGGACGCCUUCAAGUACCGCUUCAAGAAGGACGGCAAGAAGCACUUCCUGAUCCUCAACGAGGCCACCAAGGAGGACACCGGCCGCUACCGCAUCCUCACCAACGGCGGCGAGGCCGAGGCCGAGCUCAUCGUGGAAGUCCACCUUGUGUCCAUCUCCAAAUCCAUCCCAUGUCCACCUGUGUCCACCUCAUGUCCACCUUGUGUCCAUCUCCAAAUCCACCUUGUGUCCACCCCGUGUCCACUUUGUGUCCACCCCACACCCACCCCGUGUCCACCCCGUGUCCAUCCCAUGUCCACCUGUGUCCACCUUGUGUCCACCUCACACCCACCUUGUGUCCACCCAUGUCCAUCUCCAAAUCCACCCCAUGAGUCCACUCUGUGUCCACCCCGUGUCCACCUUGUGUCCAUCUCCAAAUCCACCCUGUGUCCACCCCAUGUCCACCGCGUGUCCACCUGUGUCCACGCCGUGUCCACCUCGUGUCCACCCCACGCCCACCACGUGUCCACCUGUGUCCACCUUGUGUCCAUCUCCAAAUCCACCUUGUGUCCACCCCGUGUCCACGCCGUGUCCACCCGCCGCCCACCUCGUGUCCACGCCACGCCCACCACGUGUCCACCUGUGUCCACCUUGCGUCCAUCUCCAAAUCUACCUUGUGUCCACCCCACGCCCACCUUGUGUCCACCUUGUGUCCAUCUCCACCUCCACCCCACGCCCACCGCGUGUCCACCCCAUGUCCACCUCGUGUCCAUCUCCAAAUCCACCCCACGUCCACUCUGUGUCCACCCCAUGUCCACCUGUGUCCACCUUGUGUCCAUCUCCAAAUACACCUCAUGUCCACCCCAUGUCCACCUUGUGUCCACCUCUGUCCACCCCGUGUCCAUCUCCACUUCCACCCCACGUCCACCUGUGUCCAUUCCAUGUCCACCUCGUGUCCACCCCAUGUCCACCUCGUGUCCACCCCGUGUCCACCCCACGCCCACCGUGUGUCCACCAUGGGUCCAGCAGUGUCCAUCUCCAAAUCCACCCCGUGUCCAUCCCAUGUCCACUCUGUUUCCAUCUCCAAAUCCACCCCGUGUCCACCUGUGUCCACCCCACGCCCACCUUGUGUCCACCCCGUGUCCACCCCACGCCCACCCCAUGUCCACCCAUGUCCACCUGUGUCCACCUUGUGUCCAUCUCCAAAUCCACCUUGUGUCCACCCCACGUCCACUCUGUGUCCACCCGUGUCUACCCCCCACCCACCCCGUGUCCACCUGUGUCCAUCUCCAAAUCCACCCCGUGUCCACCUCGUGUCCACCCCAUGUCCAUCUCCACCUCCACCCCAU